ACUGCGCCCCGCGCCCCGCGGUCCGCCCGCCACUCCCGCGGCCCGGCGCUGAAGAUGGCGGAGGGCGGCGCGGCGCCCCCGUCCUGCGCUUCCUCCUCCUCCUCCUCCUUGAAGGGGCUGCGGGAGCAGAUGGUUGCUGCAGCCCAAGCCAUAGCAGAAGAAAGAAGAAGCCAAAGUGGCAUUAGCCCUCUUGCAGUCCAGACCUCAAUAAAGACAGCAACUAAACCAGUGAUAGAUGGUUCCAUGCUAAGAACAGAAGAAAGGCAGAGACUGGCCAGGGAGCGUAGAGAAGAGCGGGAAAAGCAACACGCUGCCAAAGAGACACAAAUCCUUGAAAAGGAGAGAAAAGCAAAACUCCAGUAUGAAAAACAGUUAGAAGAAAGGCAGAGAAAGCUAAAAGAAAUGAAGCAGAAAGAGGAACAACGGAGGGCAGCAGUAGAAGAAAAGAGGAAACAAAAAAUAGAGGAGGAAAAGGAGCGUUAUGAAGCAGUUCUGCAUCGCACCUUGGAGCGGAGUCAGCGUUUGGAAACGCGGCAGAAGAGAUGGUCAUGGGGAGGAUCUGUAACUCCAGACUCAGAAAGCAAAACAGAACAACAGAGCACAGAUGAAGGUGGAACUGGUGCCAGCAAACGCUCGCCCUCCACAGCCAACCUCAAACAGGCAGAGGCUGCCGUGAGCAAACGCCUGUCCUCRUCUGCAGCGCUUUUAAACACCUCUGACCGAAGUACCACAAAGAGAAGUGCCUCAUUAAACAGACUGAAUAACAAAGUUUCUUCACAUUCCCAGCAGUCAGCACCCAAAGGUUCGCAUGUGGAACAGAAAGGCGGAACAGAAAAGAAGAGGAGCACUUCUUUGAGUAGAAUGAGUAGUAAACCCCAAUCCUCUCCAGAACUAGAAAAAGUGAAAAAGGAAGAAAAACCAGCUCGUCGCUCCCAGCUCAGUCCCCUGGACAGUAGCGUAAUCAGCCGCCUCCUCGCCCCCACACAGGCCUCCCUAGCUAGGAGUAAAAGUGCUGCUACCUUGGCUGAUGGACAGGACCCCUCAGAAUCUCACCUCUGUCCUCGUUCAGCUUCAGCCAGUUCCAUCAAUUCCCCAGUCCCAGCUCCCAAAGUGCCCGUGCGCAGCCGUAGCAUCGACAGRUUGAAGUCCUCUGUAUCUUCAUCUGAUGCAAGUUCACCUGAUUCAACCCAGAAGUCAGAGACAGAAAAACCAUCCCCAGGUUCUGGUUUGAGGCGCCCUCCCUCACCAUCCGUGUCUGCCUGUAGAAGAUCCCCCUCUCCUGCUAAUUUGGUGAAGCGUCCUCCGUCCCCUUCUGCAGUCAGACAGAAGACUCGCCCACCUUCACCUGGCGUGUCGAAACAAAGACCACCAUCUCCUACUCCAGUCUCUAAACCAGCACCCAUCCAGCGUCCACCUCUCACUCCAGGUGUUGUAAACAUUACCAAAAAGAAAACUGAAGCAGAGAGCAAACCAAAGGAUAAGAGCACAGAAGGARCAGGACAAGAGCAAAGUGCUUCCCCAGCCUUGGACAGGGAUGCAGGAGCAGCUAGCACAAAGACCAAAGAAGAAUCAGGUAACAAAACAGUAGCAGGGACCACCACAGCUGAAGAAGCUGCAAAAAUCUUGACAGAGAAGCGACGUCUGGCACGGGAGCAAAGAGAGCGUGAAGACCAAGAGAGAAUACAGAGACAGGAAGAAGAAAGAAUCAGAGAAGAAGAAAUGGCCAGGAAAGCAGCUGAGGAAAAAGCACAGCGGGARGAGGAGCUCCGGAAGCAGGAGGAGGAGAAGAGACUGACUUAUGAAGAACAGCAAAGACAAGCUGAAGAGGAGAGGAUCCGCCGGGAGCAGGAAGAGCAGGAAAAACUCGCAGAGCUUCAACAGCAGAAGGAGGAGGCUGAAGCAAAAGCUCAAGAAGAGGCUGAAAGACAGCGGCUGGAAAGGGAGAGGAUUAUGCAGCAAAAUAUGCAGGAAAGGCUUGAAAGAAAAAAGAGAAUCGAAGAAAUAAUGAAAAGAACACGAAAAUCAGAUCAAAACGAAUCCAAGUUGCAGAAUGAAGGGAAGUCUGUCUCAGAAGUGAUGGAGGGAGAGGAUAUUGAAGAGGAGGAAGAGCUGGGUCUGGAGAAGACUGAUCAAGCAGGAAAGCUAAAUGGUGUUGACUUGCUCCAGGAAGUGAAGGGGGAGGCAGAGGAUUGUUUAGAGACUGCACAAAGCAUGAKCUCUGCAGAAUCUGAGGAACAAGCUGAGUCAGAGCUGAAGGCCACUGAAGUGUUCAUGAAUGGAAGUGACUUGAAAAGUGAUGAGGGGUCUGUUACUGAACUGAAGGAUUCCAGCCAUCCUGCAAAAGAAAUGGUUAUCGAUGACUCGGGGAAGUUGGGUGUUCAUGAAGUCGAUCAUACAAUUGGACUCAUUCAGAAUCUUAAUGGAAAAUCUGGUUCAUGGACUUUUGAGGAGUUCAUUGACAUUGGAGUACAUUCCAAGUCAACCAAACUGAGCUCGGACAGCAUCUCUGCUGGUAACUGUAAUCAAAACUUGAAUGAUGCUGCUACAAUACCUUCUAGUCCCAAAUUGGCUUUUGAGGAAGAUGGUGCAGUGAAUUCAUUGACCAAACCUAUAGAUGCUUCAUCAGGUAAUCCAAGCUGACUUCUCUAUCUCUCUCUUCCUCUAGCUAGGCAGUUAACUUCCUUGCAUUUUGCUCUCCUUGCCUUAACUACAGCUUCUUGUUUUCAAGGCACUUUUUCCAUUGUGUAGACUGGAGGGAAGGCUUAUUCUUUAGUGCUUUUAGCUUGAAUUCUCUCAAAAGGAGUCACCAACUGAUGCCUUUUUAGGGACUUGCUAAGGCCCAAUGUUAAAGCUCUCCCAAAGACACAGCUGAGCCCUUGUGAAGUUCCAAACCUCAUUGAAGCUCAUCUGUUGUACUUUAAGGUUCUUCUGAGAUACGUUAAAUGGCACAUGUUACUCUUGAAGAUGCUGACAGUUCAAAAGGUGUCUGAUGUAACUCUACACACCAGACCUUUCCACUCCUAGGCAUGUUCUGUAACGUUUUGAUGGUGACCUGCGUGGUCUUACAAGGUCUCUUCAGACUCUUAGCAGUGUAUUAGCUGUCUUCUCUACUUGCUGUAGAAUAGUCUUUUACUUCAUUGAGGCAGGUAACUCCAACCUGAAAUUCCACAGAUGAUUGGAAGGGAGGAGUGAUAAAGCUGUACACACACAAAAUAUUCUGAAUUUCCUGUAAGAGGCAGGGCUGCAUCUCAAGCCACAUGUGCUUGAGAAGCCAAGCACUGAUGUGGUACAGCAUAGUGUGUCAGAGAGGCUUCAGGAAGCCAGUUUGUGUAAGAGAGGACUUCUCUGGUGUUGGAGCCAAACCCCAAAGGGCCUUGUUCACAGCAGGAGAUCUCUUCCCAUGGGAUAAAUGACUGUGUGAUCAGUUGAAGUGAAUGCUAGURGAAAAAACAAGCCUUUCUAUCCACGUUUCCUUCCAGUGAUGUGUAGCACUUUCUUUGAUUAAAGUGUAGCACUUUUCUAGACUGAACUGUUUCAUGAGUCUCCUCUGUCACUYUGCGUCUUGUGAAUUUUAGUCCCAUGGGCACACCCUGAUGGAGGCUUUCCUCUAGGCCAUGAGGAACUGGGCCAUGGGAAUAGUGACUUAUUGUGGUUCUGUUGAUCACAUUUUAUUGUGAUCAAAAUCAUUAACUUUUUAGUGAAGAAAGUGUGGCCUUUUAAUUUUGAACUUGAAAAUAUUUAGACAUAAUAUGGUUUAAGAAUUGUGUACAUAAUUUUGAAAACUAAAAUUCUUWUAAAAAGAAAGAAAACCUACUGUGCUGGUGUUGGACUAUGACCAAGUGGUUCUGUGCUCACUCCUGGAUGUAGACUGACAGUGAUGAUGGAUGCAUGUGGCAUACACACAGUUUUGAUGGUUAAAUGUUUUCUUCUCUUUGCUCUUUGGACAGAACUGUGAACACUAGAGACCUGGAAAUAAUCUGAUUGCACUUCAGUAAUCCAGUGUUUUCUCAAGUACCGAAGGCCUUGUUUUGAAAAGCUGCUUGUUUACCUUUAUCCAUCUUCAAGUUUGCAAAUAACACCAGGGGAGGGAUGAAUUCUAAUUUGCACCUUGAAACUUUUCAGGGAAACUGUUGUGCUAAUGUUCUUUUUCCAUUUGUUUAGCUAAUUGUUAGAUAAGGCUUCCUAGUUCAGAUAUUCCUUGUUUCCCCUUUACAGCAACCUGUUUGAGUCUUUUUUUUUUUUU